GUUCUGGUCUUUCUAGAUCAAUGGAUCCGAUAAUUAAGUGUCUCUGGGAUUUUUACUAUAAUGUAUGUGGGCUCUUCACUGCGAAAAUGGAGCCCAAACUAACGUACGAACACAAUUUUUUUUCUAAUUUCCCUUUUUUUAUUAUUUAUUUUUCCCCUCAUUAUAAUUAUGUCAAAGUCUUAGCCUUCACCAACCAACCAAGCAAUUUGCUUAUUGCCUUCACAUUAUAUAUAUAUAAAUAUUUUGUGCGCUCUGGAACUGAAAAAGCUAAGCUAGGCGGCGGCGGGCAUGGGGAGCCAAGAGUGCGACAUAAUCCGGUGGUUCGACGAGGUGGCGGAGAACGCCGGGGAGGUCCAGAGGGAGACUCUCCGGCGGAUUCUUGAAGUGAACCACGGCGUGGAGUAUCUGAAGAAAUGGGUGGGAGAUAGAGAUUUGAAUGUGGAAGAUGGCGCAUUAUUGGAAUCUCUUUACACUUCUUUAGUCCCUCUUUCUUCUCAUGCAGAUUUGGAGCCUUACGUUCAACGGAUUGCUGACGGCGACGCCGCUCCUCUCCUCACUCACCACCCCAUCACCACCUUAUCCUUAAGUUCCGGAACUACAGAGGGUCGUCAGAAGUUUCUACCCUUCACUCGCCAUUGCUCACAAACCACCCUUCAAAUCUCCAAGCUCGCUGCUGCUUUUAGAUCCAGGAUUUAUCCGACGAGUGAAGGGAAGAGGAUUUUGGAGUUCAUAUACAGCGGGAAGCAGUUCGAGACGAAGGGAGGAGUUCGGGCGGCGACGGUGACGACUCACAUUUACGCGAGCGAGGAGUUCAAGGAGAAGCAGCGGGAGAUAAAGUCGUUUACUUGCAGCCCGGAUGAGGUGAUUUUCAGCGGGGACUACAAGCAGUCCACGUACUGUCAUCUCCUGCUGGGCUUACACUACGGCGCCGAGGUGGAGUUCGUGGCCUCCACCUUCGCCUACAGCAUAAUCCAGGCGUUUUUGUACUUCGAGGAGCACUGGAGAGAGAUUUGCAAUGACAUAAGCGAUGGGACACUAAGCGCCAAGAUUAGCCUCCCCAAAUGCCGCGAAUCCGUGCUCAAAAUCCUAACCCCAAACCCGGAUUUGGCCGCCAGAAUUCGCAGGGAUUGUGAGGAAUUGGAAAGGGAGGAUUGGUUGGGUUUGAUUCCCAAACUAUGGCCUAACGCUAAGUACAUUUACUCCAUAAUGACGGGGUCUAUGCAGCCGUAUUUAACAAAACUCCGGCAUUACGCCGGGAAGUUGCCAUUGGUGAGCGCAGAUUACGGCGCGACGGAGAGCUGGAUUGGGGUGAAUGUGGAUCCUUCUUCCCCACCCGAGAAGGUCACUUUUGCAGUCAUUCCCACAUUUUCUUACUUCGAAUUCAUCCCACUUCACAGACAGAAAUCGCAACAAUCUUAUAACAACAACGACAACGCGUCUCAUCUGCCCACCGAUGAUUUCUUGGAAGAUGAUCCUGUGCCCUUGUCCCAGGUCAAGAUUGGACAGGAAUAUGAGGUUGUUCUAACAACUCUCACAGGGCUGUAUAGGUACAGGUUAGGGGAUGUGGUAGAAGUGGCAGGCUUCUACAAGAACACCCCAAAGCUCAACUUCAUAUGCAGAAGAAAGCUGAUACUAACAGUAAACAUCGACAAGAACACAGAGAAAGAUCUUCAGCUAGUAGUGGAGAGGGGUUUACAGAUUCUAAGCAAGACAGGAGCUCAUCUAGUGGACUUCACCAGCCACGCAGACGUGGCAAAACAACCUGGGCACUACGUUAUAUACUGGGAGAUCAAAGGCGAGGUCGAAGAGAGGGUCCUGGGAGAAUGUUGCAGAGAAAUGGACGCCUCUUUCGUGGACCAAGGCUACGUGGUGUCCCGGAGAACAAACUCCAUUGGACCGCUUGAGCUCAGGAUUUUGGAGCGAGGAACUUUCAGGAAGAUUCUGGAGCAUUUCAUCGGCAAUGGGGCGGCGCUGAGCCAGUUCAAGACACCCAGGUGUAUUACGAAUCAGGUGCUGCUAAGAAUCCUUAACCGCUGCACCAUUAAAAGGUUUCACAGCACUGCAUAUGCGUAAUUAUGUUUGUGUAUGUAUCGAAACGCUUAACCUUAUUAUCCAUUAUUAUUUCUUUCUUAGACGUCGUUGCCUGCAAGCCUGGUAAGGAUUUUAGGAUUAACAUGUGUACGUUGAAAUAUGGGUGAUACAACUUUCUGGCCAUGUGUGAUCGUGAUCAUGUUUUUGACAAACUCAUUCCAUUUUAAGUGUGCAAAUCUGCAUUUCACCUUUACAUCAAUCAAAUCUUAUUUCCCA